AUGCCUCCCAAGGCUGCUGCUAAAAAGGCCGCCGCGCCCAAGGCCGGCGUCACCAAGAAGACCGCUGCUGCUACCGCCGCGACGAAAAAGGCCGAUGCCCCCAAGAAGACCGCGAAGCCUGCUGCGAAGAAGGACACUGCCACCAAUGGCGCGACUGCCGCCUCCAAGAAGCGCAAGCUCGAAGAGGACGACGAGGAGCCCGAGGAGGAGGAGUCUGCCGACGAGUCCGCCGACGACAGCAAGCUGAGCAACACUAAGACUACCAAGAAGGCUGCCGCGCCCAAGAAGACCGCCGCUGCCGUCAAGAAGGAAAAGGCCGCCGAAGCUGCCACUGACGACGAGUCCAAGGCUAAGAAGCCCGCCGCGAAGAAGGCUGCCGCAAAGAAGGAAGAUACCAAGAAGGCUGCUGCGCCCAAGGCGAAGGCUGCUCCCGCCAGCAAGAAGCGCAAGGUCGCCGACGAGGAGACUGAGGACGAGAAGCCCAAGGGCAAGAAGACCAAGGCCAAGGCCGAGUCUACUGAGGUCGACAGCCAGGCCACCGAGUCCGCUAAGUCCGACGAAGAGACCGAGGCCGUCAAGCCCGCAAAGGCCACCAAGAAGACCGCUGCUGCUGCCAAACCUCCCGUCCAUCCCCACAAGAUCGGUACCAAGAUCAACUCGGCACCUACUCAGAUCCUCGACAUUUACGUCUUUGGCGAGGGUAGCUCUGGCGAGCUCGGUCUCGGCGCCAUCAACAAGCCCAAGAAGGUCACCGACGUCAAGCGUCCUCGUCUCAACCACAACCUCACUGCCAAGGAUGUUGGCGUUGUCCAGAUUGCCUGCGGUGGCAUGCACGCUGCUUGCCUGACCAAGGAUAACAAGAUCUUGACAUGGGGCGUCAACGACCAGGGAGCUCUUGGCCGCGACACCGCUUGGGACGGUGGCCUUCGUGACGUUGACGACGAGGAAGACAAGGACGACGACGAUGAGGACAGCGGUCUUAACCCUCGCGAAAGUACGCCCACGGCUGUGGAUGCCGAGCACUUUGCCCCUGAGGCCAAGUUCACACAGGUCGUUGCUAGUGACAGCGCUACCUUUGUGCUUACCGAGGAUGGCAGAGUCUACGGAUGGGGUACCUUCAGAUCGAGCGAUGGUAUUCUCGGAUUUACCGAAAAGAUCAAGAUUCAGAUGACGCCCAUGUUCCUCCCAUCUCUGAAGAACAUCACAGCUCUCGCUGCUGGCUCCAACCACAUCCUCGCAUUAGACAACAAGGGUCUUGUGCAGGCUUGGGGGUGCGGUCAGCAGAACCAGCUCGGACGCAGAAUCAUCGAGCGCAACAAGCUUUCCUCCCUGGUUCCUCAGAGCAUGGGUAUUCCCAAGAACAAGGUCGACCGCAUUGCCUGCGGCUCUUACCACAGCUUUGCUAUGAGCAAAGAGGGUGCGGUCUGGGCUUGGGGUCUGAACAACUUCGCUGAGACCGGUAUCGCCAACGGUGCCGGUGAGGAUGAUGCCGUGAUUCUCCGCCCUACUGUUGUCGAGUCUCUCAAGGAUUACAAGAUCAAGCACAUUGCUGGUGGCGAGCACCACUCCCUUGCUUGCACAGAGGACGGCAAGCUCCUCACUUGGGGCCGUGUGGAUGGCCACCAGGUCGGCAUUCCUAUCGAUGAGCUUCCCGCCGAUGACAUCAUCAGGGAUGAGAGCCAGAACCCCCGUAUUCUGUCCAAGCCUACUCACGUUGAAGACGUCCCCAAGUGCGUAUUCGUCGCUGCCGGCGUCGACAACAACUUUGCGAUCGACAACAAGGGCGCAGUUCACUCCUGGGGUUUCUCGGCCAACUAUCAGACUGGCCAGGGUACCACCGAGGAUGUCGAGACCCCUACCACGAUUGACAACAGCGCCAUCAGGGAUAAGAAGAUUGUCUUUGCCGGCGCCGGUGGCCAGUACUCCAUACUGGGCGGUGUUGCCGAUGUCCCCAAAGUGAACGGUGGGAUCUCAUUUACUUCCAACGGUCAGCCAGCCACUGGAGGUUUCAGGCCCGUCUUCUAA